AUGAAGUACUCGACCAAGCACGAUCAUGAAGACCCCUCACAUGGCCUCCGUCCAACACCGGUCAUCUCUCCAUCCCAAGCCACCAUAGAAGCCGUUGAGAAAAUAAACCAAAACCGGCUUCCUCAUAUUCCUUGCCAAUCCCACGUCGGAUUGGAGGAAGAAGCAAAAGCCACCUGCCCAGCUAGCAUCAAGCAGAUAUGGGGGUGGACCGAGCACACGCCCGAGGACGCAGCCCACGAAGCUGAGCUCGCGGGGCUGAAGCCAACUCAGCUGUCUACAACACCCCGAACAAUCAACCGAGGCGCAGUGACAACUUCCGGUACCGUGUUUGAGGUCCCAGUUCGCGGACUGAGGUCACCGCCAUUGUCGCCCCGGGGAAAGAUGUACGAAAGUUUUACGCCCCCUACGCCUCCUCCGCCUCUCAUGCCUCCUACGCCACCCCCGCCACGUUUUCAGGCCAUACAGACGACUUCCCAGAGUGGCGAUCGCGCAGAAAGGAGACGCAUGAUUGGUCGAGUACUGGUGUCUGUGCGGGAUCGUGUCCCAGCCGAAGAUUGGCUUGAGGGCAUCAAAGAAUUGGAAGGGCGAGGGGGAAACGUAGAGAAAUUUUACAACAAUCUGUCAGAGGGUGGCGUACGAGACGUCUAGUUUGUCACCUGCUCCAGGGAUUCGGGAUCGGGCGUUGAUCGAGUACACCAUACAGA